AUGGGCAAGGGUAGGCAGCAGAAGAAGCUGCAAUCGCAGCAGCAAGAGCCGCAACAGCCACAACAGCAGCAGCAGAAGAAGAACAAGAAGAACAAGAAGGGCAAGGGGCUGAAGGUGCCUGACGUGGAGAAGUUUUUGGAGAAGGAGAGGGAGGCUGAGCUCAAGAAACAACAAGAGCAGCAAGAAGACAAGGCGCAGCACACGGACAAAGGCAAGGCAGAAGCCGGAGCGAAGAAAGGCAAGAAGAGCAAGAAGAGCAAAGGUGAUGACAAGGCCAAUCAGGGGAAGAAGAAGCAGCAGCAGGCAGCAAAGGGCAAGCAGGAUGACGGCAAGCGCAGGGCUGGCGAUGCCGAUGACGCUGAUACGACCAAUGGCGACAACACCACGAAGAAGGCCAAGAAGGCCGAGAACGGGAAAGGUGGCAAUGAUGACGAGUCGGUCAAGCAGGCCAUUGAGGAUGCCGUGUCUUCCGCGCGACAGCUGCAGCCAUAUGAGGGCGGCGAUGAGGCUCUCUUCACAAACCUCGCCGACAAGGUCUCCGAGCCAACCAUGAAGGCAAUUGAGGGCUUUGGGUUCACCCACAUGACGGAGAUCCAGUACAAGACCAUCCCCUUCCUGCUGACGGGCCGGGACCUGCUUGGUGCCGCCAAGACGGGCUCGGGCAAGACGCUUGCCUUCCUCAUCCCCGCCGUGGAGCGCCUGCGACAACUCAAGUUCACGCCAAAGAACGGCACCGGGUGCAUCAUCCUCACGCCAACCCGCGAGCUGGCACAGCAGAUUUACGGCGUGCUCAUCAGCCUGCUGGAGCACCACCACCAGACUCACGGCAUCUCCAUCGGCGGAUCAGACAAGAAGGCGGAGGCGCGUCGCCUGGGCAAUGGUGUCAACAUCCUGGUGUGCACCCCCGGGCGGCUGCUUGAUCAUCUCCAGAACACGAACUUCAAGUUUGAUCGCCUCCAAAUGCUCAUCAUCGACGAGGCAGACCGCAUUCUCCAGAUUGGUUUCGAGGACACCAUGCGCGCCAUCGUCCGUCUCAUCCCUCAGAAGCGGCAAACGGUCCUGUUCUCGGCGACACAGACGCGCAAGGUGGAGGAUCUUGCCCGCAUUUCGCUGCGGGGCGAGCCGCUGUACAUUGGCGUCGACGACAAGGCCGACAUUGCCACUGCAGACGGCAUUGAGCAGGGAUACGUUAUUUGCCCGUCGGACCAGCGGUUCCGGCUGCUGUACACAUUCCUCAAGAAGAACCUGAAACGGAAGCUGAUGGUGUUCUUCUCCUCGUGCGAUUCCGUCGAGUUUCACCUGCAGUUCUUCAACUACGUCUCCCUCCCCGUCCUCGGCAUCCAUGGCCGCCAGAAGCAAGCCAAGCGCUCCCGCACAUUCUUUGAGUUUUGCAACGCAGAGCAAGGCAUCCUCCUCUGCACAGACGUUGCCGCUCGUGGUCUCGACAUUCCCGAGGUCGAUUGGAUCAUCCAGUACGACGCCCCAGACGAUCCGAAGGAGUACAUCCAUCGCGUUGGACGAACGGCCCGCGGGGCCGGGCGGAAAGGCCGCGCGCUCCUCUUCCUCCUCCCGACGGAGGUCGAGUUUCUCAAGUACCUCAUGGAGAACAAGGUUCCUCUCAACGAAUACGAGUUUCCCAAGGACAAAAUCGCAAACGUGCAGUCAAAGUACUACCAAAUUAUGGAGAAGAGCUACUUCUUCCGCAAGCUUGCCAUCAGCGGUUUCCGCUCGUAUGUGCACGCGUAUGCAGCACACUCCCUCAAGGCCGUGUUCAACGUGAACGAGCUGGACCUGAACGCCGUUGCCCAGAGCUUUGGGCUGCGGGAGGCGCCCAAUGUGCAGCUGAAGAUUGCAAGCAGCAAGAAGCUCACACGCAAUGCGCCGCCAAAGACCGCAGCUCAACGGCGGGCGAAGAUGUACAAGAAGAAGAACUUCAAGCGGCAUCAUUAA